AUGUACGUCAAUCCCAAUUUACCAGAAACGGACACUCUCAUUACAAGAUUUGGUACCCAAUUUCACUCAAAAUCAUCACCAAAUGUGAUAAAUACUACAUUACAACGAUUAAAGAGCUCAGAUUUCUCUCAAAUAAUGACCAUACUAUCUGAUUUCACAUUCAAAGAUGUAUGGUACCACGUUACAUGUACCACAUGUGGUAAAUCAGCACACAAAAAAGGUGAUGGAUGGUUUUGUGUUUCCCAUGGGCCCAUAAAUGAACCAAAACUUUUAUAUAAAAUCUCAGCAGUACUCACAGACAAUACAGAUACCACAACAAUUUUCAUGUCUAAUGAAGCAACCUGUAGUCUACUAAAUGCGACUGCAUAAGAAAUCAUAGAUGGCUUUCCCAGUCAAGAUAGAAAAACUUUACCUAAACCACUCGAACGUUGUAAAGGGUUGACAAAGAAUGUCUAUGUAGAAUGUUCAAAACUUUCUUCCAUCAGAAAUAUCCGUUUCACAGUCACCACAAUCAAAUACAUAAAAACACCACAACCAACAAUCUUAUCAACACAAAAAACACAAAC